AUGGAUUCAUUCGGCCGACUUCCCUGGUUUGCCCUAGAGGCAGUCCUCUUGGACUUGCCUGACUUGCCCACAUUGCAUCAACUAUACCAGGCGUCCCCAGCCGUCUUUAACUAUCUCAAUACUUCACCUGGAUUUUUCCCAAGAGUCGUGGAGAGAAUUAUUGAACACUGGGACCUAGAUCGAGGUGUCCAUGAGAGGAUUCAAUUCUACUUUCGAGCACUGGUAUACUUAUGGUGGACAGAACAAGUAUAUCACAUCUCCCAAGGCAGCCAAUUGCAGCAGUUCCUCUCAGCCAUCAUCUCUGAGGUAGAUUCUCUCUAUAACUCGAAUAGUGACCCUCUACGACAUCUACGCACUCCGCUUCCCAGAUCAACUCCUCUACGGCCUCUUCGCCGUCUGCUAUCUUUCUCAAGCCACACCCGCAUGAACGCACAUGCGUUCUUCCACGAAUGUGUUGCUCGAUGCAUGAAGGCAGAUAUCAAAAAGCUCAAAAACCGUUGGAAGCCAUGGCCGACGGACGGUACCAGACCCGUUGGGGCUCCGCUAAAAGAUCAAACUUUCGUAAAUGUCCCUUCUUGGCUGGAAGAGCAGCGCUUGAUCCAAAUCUUCGUGUCUGUUCGGGUUAAAUCGGAAUUCCAACGGGCGACAGAAGAAAAGAGAACUUUGAUUCACAAAUCUAUACUCGGCUGGAGAGAUGGUGCCUCUCGAUUCGCGACUUAUGCUGAAUAUCUGGGGUGGUUGGGGGCGUGGAUCGAUUGCUCCUUUGCGAUGAGAAUGAUGGGAAGAGAGAAAAAACAUCAACAAAAGACGGCAGUCCUCAAUUGGUUGAAGAACAUCAACUCAUUAGAUGGACAACAGUGGAAGGCGUAUAAGGAGUUUUACACAUGUUGUAAGACGCAUACACCUUUGACUGGGAACGGAAAGAGCAGGGCAAAUGAUGUUUAUAUUGACGAUGUUCCGGGAUGCUUUUGGGCACAAAGCCUGACAGUAGCGCGUCAGUCUGGAGUGCGCGAGGCGGGCUGGCGUGGAGACUUCUUGAAGUUCGGGGUCAGCUUUUUUGAUCAACAAACACUGAUGGCGUUUGGAUUGAUGUACAAUUCUGACCGCUAUGUGGAUAUCAAAGAUCAAGCUUUUCGUUGGUCUUGUCUCCUGGUCUCAUCAGACGAGAAGUCUGCAGACAAGGAGUCUGAACAGCCUACCACGAACAGCGGACUUCGGCGAUCCGCACGACAGCGAAACCGAACAAAGUUUGCUAUGACACAGUCUCCCUGA